AUGAAAUAAUACAUAAUAUUUUUAACAAUUUUAAUACAUGCUUUAGCUACUGCUAGUGAUUAAGAUAAGCCUAUAGUUGUGUUUUAUGAUUCUUGCGACUUAUAAAAUAACCAUAUUAUGUAUUAACAAGAUUCAGAUAAAGAAGAUUUAGAUACAGUUUUAAAUUAUCCUUUCGACAUCAAAGCAGUAAUCUUUAAGUAAAAAGGUUAAUUAAAAUUUUAUGAAAAUGGAUAACUGUACUAUCUAAACCAUGACCUCGAAUGCAUUGAAAAAGGCUAACCAUCUUAUUAUGAUCCUUAAGCUUAAAUUUUUAUAAAGCGAAACAAUAAGUUUAGGUCAAAACUACUCAAGAAAAGCUUAAAAAAAUAAAAAUAAGAGCACAUAAAUGCUUGA